AUGAUACGCUCGCCUUUCAAGAUCAUCGUCGUCGGUGCGGGUCCCGCCGGACUACUACUUUCACUAUUGUUGGCUCAGCAUGGCAUCUCUGUCACUAUUCUUGAUGCAGCUAAAGAACUGGACAAUCGACCGCGGGCGACUCACUACGGGCCCCCUGCCGUCUAUGAGUUGCGUCGUGCAGGAGUCAUCUAUGAUGUUCUAGCCGAGGGCUUCCUUCCUGAAAAGAUGUGCUGGCGUAAGCUUGAUGGAACCUACUUGGCUGGAAUCGACAAUUCAGUCCUCGGUGACCAUCCGGAUCGAGUGGUCUGUCUACCCCUGGACCGGCUUGGAAAGAUCCUUUUCCGACAUCUAGAGCGCGAAAAGAGUGCCGAAAUCAAAUGGAAUCACCGCGUCACCGACAUAGGACAGGAUGAUGAUAAAGCAUGGGUCAAAGUUACUACACCCGCCGGUGAAGUUAGCAUGGAGGCUGAUUACAUUGUCGGAUGUGAUGGAGCCAGCUCCCAAAUCCGGCGAUCUUUGCAUGGUGACUGGACGUUCCCUGGAACUACAUGGGACGAGCAGAUCGUCGCAACCAACGUUUACUAUGAUUUUGAUAAGUAUGGAUACGAGGAUGCUAACUUCAUAAUCCAUCCGGAACAUUGGCAUAUGGCUUCUCGUAUCAGCAAGGACGGCAUGUGGCGUGUUUCAUACGGAGAGAAGAGUGGCCUGACGCAUGACGAGCUUGUCGCUCGCCAGCCUACCAAGUUCCGGGAGAUGCUGCCCGGGAAUCCAUCUCCAAAGGAAUACAAGCUCGCAAACUUCAGUCCCUACCGUGUGCAUCAGCGGCUAGCCCAGAAAAUGAGGGAGGGGAGGUUUCUUCUGGCUGCGGAUGCUGCCCAUUUAUGCAACCCUUUCGGUGGACUUGGACUGACUGGGGGGAUUGUUGAUGUCGGCGGAUUGAGUGACUGCUUGGUUGGCAUCUGGAACAAUCAGGCAAACCCGGACAUUUUGGACGUCUACGAUCAAGUGAGAAGACAGAAGUACAGCGAUAUGGUUGACCCUAUGUCCAGUGGAAAUUUGCGACGCAUGUUUGAGAGUGAUCCUGAUACAAUUCUCAACCCAGGCCAGGAUGAGCUUAUGACACUGUGCAAGAAGACUGAGAAUGAUGUUGGGUUUGCUAAGGAGAUGGCGCUGGGUAUAAAUGCGUUAAAGUAUGAUUUCACUCAACACUACAAGGAACCGAAAGACACUGUAGAAAACCUGUGA